CUGCAAACCCUGGUGGCCUCCUCCCACCCGGGCGAGGCCCGGGGCCCUGGGCAGCCUCCAGGUGCAGAGCCCCGCCUCGGGCUGCACCCGUCCCACUGCCCCGGGGCAUGUCUCUCCUCACCAAUUACGAGGGGCUCCGGCAUCAGAUCGAGAGGCUGGUGAGGGAGAACGAGGAGCUGAAAAAGCUGGUGCGGCUCAUUCGGGAGAAUCACGAGCUCAAGUCGGCAAUCAAGACGCAAGCGGGCGGCCUGGGCAUCAGCGGCUUCAGCACCGGGCUUGGCGAGGCGGCGGCCACCCCUCCUCAGUGCCAGGGAAACUGUGUCUUCCUGCCCCCGUCCCCAGCAGCAGCAAAUGAGCCUGUCCUGGAAGAAGUGGGCGUUAUGGCUCUGGCACCCCUGGCCGACAUGCUAAACAGCCCGGAGCCCGGCCCCGCGGCAGGCCCCCUCGUGAGCCCCCUGACGGGCCCCCUCAGCACCCUGCUGCCUGCUCCAGGGUCCAUGCCACAGAGCAGCCCGUUCACCAGCGUCCUGCCGAGCUCCUGGAGCAGCCACCUGGCCAGCCUCUUGGCGGCGCCCCCAGGAAGCACACUGGGCAGUUCUAUGGGCCAGCUCUCCACCGGCCCCCUGACCUCGACCAGCGCCCUGGCCGGCCUCAGGGUGGCGCCCCCCGGAGGCACGCUGGGCAGUUCCAUGGGUCAGCCGUCCACCGGCCCCCUGACCCCGACCAGCGCCCUGGCCGGCCUCAGGGUGGCACCCGCCGGAGGCACGCUGGGCAGUUCCAUGGGUCAGCCGUCCACCGGCCCCCUGACCCCGACCAGCGCCCUGGCCGGCCUCAGGGUGGCGCCCCCAGGAAGCACGCUGGGCAGUUGCAUGGGCCAGCCCUCCACCGGCCCCCUGACUCUGGGCGGCGCCCCGAUGGGCCCUGUGACAGGCCCAGUGGCCAUCUCUCUGAGCAGCCCCCUGCCCACCUCCACAGCUGCCCCUCUAGGUGUUUCUCAGCACCUUCUGGCCAACCCCAUGAGCAAUCAGGUGCUGUCGGAGGCCCCGAGGGUGCGGCCCACAGAGCCGAUCGGAGGAUACCCCUCUGGACUCCAUCCCUCCGCUGCAGCAGGGCCUGCUGGCACCACCAAAGUCCCAAUGUCUGCCGAGCACCCGCCGCCGAUCCAGAACCUGGAGCCCCUCAGCAUGACGUUUGUGGGCGCGCCCAUACACAGCUCCACCCCCGUCGGGACCGCGGCUGCAUCUGGCCCCGGGAAGGCCUUCUCCUACGGCACCUCAGACGCUGAGAGCCAGCCCGGUGCCCCCCAGGGACAAGCAGUUCCUGCAUCCGCCCCUGUCACGCCAACUGCCGCCCCCACUGACGGAGUGCUCGUCCCCGCCCCGCCCCCCACUCCCCAAGCUGCCGCCACCGACUACACCUCCGCCAGCACCGCCCACGCUGCCCAGUGCCCACCCCCAUCCCCCACCCGGGUGCACCACUCGCCCACCCCCCACUCCCCUCCACGAAAUCCCCACUCCCCACCUCGAACCUCAUCCUCCCCGGCUUCGGUGAACGACCCCCGGGGUCCACGCGGCACAGAACCAUCUCGGAAAAGCAUCAUGGAGCUGGAACGGAAGCUGGCCCACCGAAAGAGCAACAAGCUCCCCGACAGCCCCCGAGAGUCGAGGCAGAUGGCCUGGGAGCGGCUGGUGGGGGAGAUCGCCUUCCAGCUGGACCGCAGGAUCCUGUCCGGUAUCUUCCCGGAGCGCGUGCGCCUCUAUGGCUUCACCGUCUCCAACAUCCCAGAGAAGAUCAUCCAGGCCUCCCUGAGCCCCAGCGGCCACAAGCUGGACGAGGAGCUGUGCCAGACCCUCACGCAGCGCUACGUGAGCAUCAUGAACCGGCUGCAGAGCCUGGGCUACAACGGGCGGGUGCACCCGGCGCUCGCCGAGCAGCUGGUGAACGCCUACGGCAUCCUCCGCGAGAGGCCGGAGCUGGCGGCGUCCGAGGGCGGCUCCUACACCGUGGACUUCCUGCAGCGCGUGCUGGUGGAGACGGUGCACCCCAGCAUGCUCACCGACGCGCUGCUGCUGCUCUCCUGCCUCAACCAGCUGGCGCACGACGACGGCAAGCCUAUGUUCAUCUGGUGACGCGGGCUCCC